GUCCGCAUCCUGAAUCACAUCACAUGGAAGAAAAUCAUGCAGUUUGAACAUCCUGCUGCCCUCGAUGACUCCAAAGCUACUGUGUACAUGGAGGUGGAAAAAAGGCCAGCCAGGAGCAGUGAGGAAAUGUCGCUACACAACAUCGCCACCAGCACCGCGCUGUUCAGCACUCAGAGCAACUAUGACAUCUGCCUGCCGCCGGUCCAGAUCCCGGUAGUGGAUCCAGACCCGGACCGAGCAAACCCCGCCAUGGGUGUGUCCGCCUUGGCUUUCAGCGCAGACAGUCGCUACCUCGCCACGAAAAACGACAACAUGGCCACCACCGUCUGGGUGUGGGACAUGCAGAAGUUGAGACUGGAGGCCGUGCUGAGGCACACGUCGGGCGUCCGCUGCUUCCAGUGGAGUCCCCGGAGCGCCCGGCUGGCGCUGUGCACGGGAAACUCCAACCUGUACAUGUGGUCGCCGGGAGGCUGCAUCGUUGUCCAGGUCCCGUCUGAAGGUCAGUUCCAGGUCCUGUCGUUGAGCUGGCACCCCGCCGGAGACCGUCUGGUCCUGCUUGGAAAGGAGCAGCUGUGUUUGUGCUACCUGGACACUAAUAAGCAGGACAGCUGAAAGACUUCUCAGACUUGAUGAAGCGCCGGCUCAUUUGACCUGACCUCCCUGAGGAAAGGUGACGAUUUACGGACCAAUAGAAACACUCCUGAAAGCUUUCACAUGAACUGGAGCUGCUCUAAAUGCUUAUAAGGACCUCAGUUGAGAUUUUCUCAUCAAGAAAGCCUCAAAUCUUUGUCUCUUAGUAUUUUUCUAAAUGUUUUUCCAUUAAAAUUUUCUACUGAAGAACCAAACACUGUGAGCUAGUAAAUGUUUACAUAAUUUUAUAGAUUUUCUGUGUAUUUCCAUGAAAAAGUGGAAUUGUUUUGUAAUAAAUUAUGAUCCUUUGAA